AUGUCGACCAAAGCUCCAUGUGAUCGUCAUCCCAGUCUUACUAUGGAUGGACGUAGUUCCAGCAUAAAUGCUGGUAUUGAUUCAGGUUUUACAAAUGAUCCGGCUCAUCGUGGUUCAUUAACACCAUCAGAAUUAGAUGCAAUUCAUCAGACAAAUAGUUUUAAACAAGCUAAAUUAUUAGAAGAAAAAGAUAAGCAUCAAUUGGCUAAUAAAACGAAAACAAUUGAACGAACCCAAUCAUCAAAACAAUAA